AUGGACUCGAACAAUGACGAUUCGUUAGAUACUCAUGCAAUGUUUCGAUACUUUUUGCAUGAUUAUCUUAUGAAGAAGGGAAUGUAUAGCACUGCUGCGGUUUUCAUGAACGAAACCACCGUUCCCGAAAAUCCUACGUAUCCCAAGUGCUUGGACUUAGAGGUAGAUUCUCCAGAAGGAUUUCUGCAUGAAUGGUGGUCUAUUUUCUAUGAGACAUAUUUGUCUAGAGUAAUCAGGCUUCAAGGGUCUGAUCCACAGUCAUCUAAUAAGGUCCCUAGAAUGAGCAAUACUCCAAUGGAUGAUAGUUCCUCUUUUAGAAUUCCCCAAAUACCAAUGAAUGAGCAGAGAUCUCAACAGUUUCAAGCUAGCUCUAGCUUUAACAACAUCAUGGCACAACAAGCUUCUCACUCGAUUCCUUCAAGACUGCAAAAUAAUGAGCACCUUGGCAAUUUUGCAGAAAAUAUUGAUCCAAGAGUGCUUGCUCUUAUGAGUGAAAAUAACAUGGAGUUCUUUUCAGGGAUUAGUUCAAAUUACCUAUCGCAAGAUGUAGGCAAGCAGCUCCAGAAGCAAGUCUAUAAGGAUAGUGGAAUUCGUAUGCAUGUGGGGCCUCCCAUACCUAGAAACCCUCUGGAUGCAAGACAAAAAGCAAUGCUGCCUUUAGAUGGAACUCAAGUAACAAACAACUAUGAAGCUCCCAAUUUUGUGCAACCUAAUGGAAUGCCAUUAAAUAACCAGAUGCUAACUUCACUUUCCCAAAUACCAAACUAUGAACAGCAGCCUCAAGUAUUCAACAGACUAAAUCAGGACGCAAUCAUCAGUCAAGAAUUUACAACUACUUCUAGUAGGCAGACUUUCACAGCUCCUACAAUCUCUACCAGAUGUAAUGGUCAAGUAACAAACAACUAUGAAGCUCCUAAAUUUGUGCCAACAAAUGAAUUGCGAUUAAAUAACCAGAUGCUAACUUCACCUCCGCAAAUACCAAACUAUGGACAGCAGCCUCAUGUGUUGAACAGACAAAAUCAGGACGCAGUCCUUAGUAAAGAACAUACAAGUACUUCUAAUAGUCAGACUUUCACAGCUCCUAGAAUCUCUAUCAGAUGUAACGGUCAAUAUCCAGAGAUUCCCAAGAAUGAAUCAAGCAGUAAGGAUAGAGAGAUACUGGACCAAAUUAUAGUUGGAGAACCUCAAUGUAAGCCGGAUCUUCAAAUGCAGAAGCAGUCCCAAAAUCUUGAUAACCGCGCAAAGAGAAAGAUAACAGACCUCAAGGGACCUGAAGAACCUGUGCUGGACUGUGUAGAUGCAGCAGAUGAAAAACCAGAAGAAGAAAAUGUGGAUUCUUACCUGUCUAUUGAAGAUGGAAAUUCUGAUCAUCGAAAUAUGCCUUUUAAAAAUCUGAAACGAAUUUCAGGAACAAACAGUAGAAAUGAAAAUAAAGAUUUUUCACUCCAAGAAAUUGGAUGCCUUCACUCGAGCAAAAGCAAGGUUUUGGCCAGCCAUUUUUCAUCAAAUGGAAAAAUUCUGGCAAGUGCUGGACAUGACAAGAAGGUUUUUAUUUGGAAGGUGGACACUUUUAAUAAUUAUGCCACUGAAGAAACACAUUUACUUCUCAUCACAGAUGUUCGGUUUAGACCAGGUUCAACUAUAUUUGCAACAUCUUCUUUUGAUAAGUCUGUUAGAGUAUGGGAUGCAGACAGACCAAAAAAAUCACUGUUCAGCCUUUCUGGACAUUCUGAACAAGUAAUGUCACUGGACUUCCACCCAACUAAGGUGGACCUUCUUUGCUCGUGUGAUAGCAAUGAUAUAAUUCGUAUGUGGAAUGUGAACCAGCGUUCUAGCUUACAUAUAACUAAGGGAGGUAGUAAACAAGUUAGAUUUCAGCCUGUUCAUGGGAAGUUUAUAGCUACUGCUACUGGAAACAUUCCCAAACUAAUUGAUGUUCAGACUGCUAAAGUUGUGUGCAAUCUAAAGGCACAUGAUAAAGAUGUUGCUUCCAUUUGUUGGGAUAGAAGUGGGAAGUUUCUUGCUACUGUCAGUGAAGAUAGUGCACGAGUCUGGUCAGAUGGAAAAUGCAUCAGUGAGUUGCUUUCAAACGGGAACAAGUUUCAAUCGUGCAUGUUUCAUCCAGCAUAUUCUAACCUCUUAGUUAUUGGUGGCUAUCAGAAUCUUGAAUUCUGGAGUCCAACUGAGAGCAGUAGAACAAUGUCAGUUAUGGCACACAAAGGCUUGAUUGUUGGACUUGCAGAUUCACCCGAAGAUGAAUUGAUUGCCUCGGCUAGCCAUGAUUGCUUGGUGAAAAUAUGGAGAUAA